GUGAAUCAGUUAGCAAUGAUCUCUGAAAGUGGUGAAUCAACGGCCAGUAGAAGCGCUGCCCCAAAUGGUUUCACAUCGAAAGUGGAUGCCAGAAAUCCCAGCGAGGACUCACUGUUUCAGAAACUCAAGACCUCGGAACUGCUGAAACAUUUAUUGAAUACGCGAACGGAAAAAAAGUCGGAUGUGAAAUUGGGUGAAUCACGGUGCAAGAACAAAUCCCAGCUUCCAGUGAGUCAGCCCGAAAAGAGAACCGUUUAUCGAGCAAAAGAUGAGUCAAUAAAUAAAAUACCGAAGGUACUACCUCCAACGUGCAGUUCGCGUGCAGAGCCAGUGCUAAGUGGUGCAAAAGUUUGCAAUAAUGGAAUUAUGGACAAAACGUACAGUGAGAGCAGUGAACUCAGUGAAGUACAAAGUUACAGAGACCACCUGCAGCGAUUUCUCAGUGAUGAAAGUUCCCAAUCCCAAAAUGACGGACUGUCCGAAGAAGAUUUGCCCGUUUUGUCCAACGACAUGCUUUCGACGGAGACGAUGGAUUUCAUACUUUCGGAAGCAGAGAAAAACCUCCACAUACAAUCACCGCCUUCUAGUCAAGUUUCUCAGGAUAGCGAUAGCUACGAAUUUACCGAAUUACUGCCCAUAUCCAAAUUACCCUCGUAUUUUGAAUCGUCGUUUCAUUCACAAUCUACCUCAAAAGAUGAGGCUUUCGUUAGCGCUGGAUUCAAUCCGACGGGAGUCGAAGAUAGCGUAAGGAGCAAAUCAACCGACAGUAUUAAUUCAAACCAAAAUAAUGAAGCUGCAGCUGGCAGAGAUACCGACAGUGAUAGUGAUGUUGAUAAUGCAAUGGUUUUAGUUCCUUCUGAUCCUCUAGAAUGGACCAACACCCACAUUAAAUCUUGGCUGUCAUGGUGUUCUCGGAAAUUCUCGCUCAAUCCAAAACCCGAUUUCGAGAAGUUCCCCACGACCGGAACAGAACUAUGCGAAUUAACAAGAAGUGAUUUUGAAGCCAAAGCAGGUUGUGCGAGAACAGGCACGAUUCUUGCCAAACACAUCGCCCAUCUUCGUCACAGCGUAACUGGAAGGUCCACCAGUCCCCUGAACGUCGAAUGCAAGGUGUUCGAGGACGACGACGACGACGACGAAAAAGAUCCCUAUCAACUGUUAAACGCAGCGUCGAGCCGAUUGGUGGCCCAAGGAUCGGGCCAGAUCCAACUGUGGCAGUUUCUCUUAGAACUGCUUGGCGAUUCGUCGAACUCGGCAUGCAUAACGUGGGAAGGCACCAAUGGAGAAUUCAAGCUCACGGAUCCGGACGAAGUAGCACGUAGAUGGGGAGAAAGAAAAUCAAAACCAAAUAUGAACUAUGAUAAACUCAGCAGGGCGCUUAGAUACUACUACGAUAAAAAUAUAAUGUCAAAAGUACACGGAAAGAGAUACGCUUAUAAAUUCGACUUCCACGGAUUGAUGGCAGCUUGCCAGGCCCAGGCUCAAGGUAGUCAGGCUGACGUUGCUCCUGGAUACCAUAAAUACCAGCCUCACCAAAGCGAAUUAGGAGCUGCUUUAUAUCCUGCUGGACAUGGAACAACUCCGAAGAUCCCUAGCAUACUACCACCCGGUGCACAACAUACACAGGCGGGAUUAUUCCCACCACCCACCUAUUGGCCCUACUCGCCUGGAUCGUUUGAUCCAAGGGGGCCCCCGUUUAACUAAGGGUGUGUUAUUCAUACUGACAUUCCAUUCCGAUACAUCACACAAUGAUCAAAAAAAUUUGGCAUAAAACAACAAACUACACAUCCAUUUUUUAGGUUUCGUUUUAUUUUUAUUGUAUAAGAUUCGUUGUUUUUUUCUGGUUAGGGAAAGCCUAUUUUUAUUUUUAAUUUCGGUGCCGAAAAUAGGUAAUUAGGAUAAUUUUAAUUUUGACAAAUUAUAUUCAUAAUAUAACCCAUGUUAUAUUAUGUCUACGUUCAAUUGUUGGCCUUUGUCGUAUGUAGGUAACUAUUAAACAAGUCCUUUAAAAACGAGAAAUAAAAAGAAGUUGAUAUACAGGACCUUUAAAUUUAAAAAUCUUUAAUUUACACUUGAAUCGUUUUUGGAACUGAAACCUGUGUGUUUGCUUAAAUCAGCUGAAAUCCAUGGAUGGCUUAAUUAUACAUUAUUUUCAUCACAAGAAAGUAAGUACUUACAUACUUGUCUAGCACCAUCUACGACAUAGUACCAACAUUUUUUUUUUUUAAUUAAAGCUAAAAUUAUACUGAUCUUCAGUUUCUUGGUACUGAUGAAAAAUUCACAGCUUAGUAGUUUAAUAAAAUAAUAUUGCAAAAGUGGGAUAAUUUAAACAUCAUGUGAACCACUGCUAUAAAAACCGUAAUCGUACUAUAUUAUAGAUGUAAUAGAUAAUUUCAGUAUUAGACACUUUAAAAUUCCAAAUUUUUUUAAUCAUCUGAAAACUCCAUUGAUUAACAAUAAUUUGUAACGAUUUAAAAUACGAUUUCUUUAAAACUUUUAUACCAACAAUGUUAUUGUUGGUCCCCUGUGAAAUCAUGAGAUGUACAUAUUGUGCAAUGGCAAUGCAUUUAUUUGUAUAAUUGUAUAUUAAGUUCCUUAUUGCAA